AAUAAGCAAGCAAGCGAAAGAUUUACCAAAAGCUGUGUGAUUGUGUUGGUGAGUGUGGUGAAAAGCAAACAAAAUCCGUCGCUAUGGAGAUUCGACAACGUGCUGCCAGCGCUGGGAAAGGCACGACCGGCGCAACAAUCACAGUCAUGCUGGUACUGCUAAUAGUAAAAGAUGUCGAUUCCGUGCACAUAACGCACCUUUCCGUGCCGCGGGUGCACAUGUUAGAUAAUUACCAUCACCAGCGGCACGAUCAGCACCACUAUUACGCCCAAAGCCAGCUGAAAGCUCGCGACGACCCGGACAUACCGUUUGAUCCGGCGGAACCGGACCCACUGUCCCUGGAGCUGCGCGUGUCCGAUCCGGCCGAACAUCUCGUGCUGGACUGUGAGUAUGUCAUCGAGCCGCACGAGACGGGGUUCGUGCUGAAGUGGCUACACAACGACGUACCGAUCUACCAGUGGAUACCGCCGCACCGUAGCCCGUCCAGCCUGAACCGUAUGCGGGACCACGUCAACCGGACGUUCACCGUGGGUAACGAGGCGAUGCACAAGCACCGGGCGCUGGCACUGAUGCAUCCGAGCCAGGACUUUGCCGGCAAGUACAGCUGCUCCGUGCAGACGUUCCAAUCGUUCGACAUCAAGUCUGCCGAUCUGUUCAUCAUCGUUCCCGAGUAUGGGUUUGUGUUGAAGAACUAUCAAAACUUAAACGACCUGGUGACGGUCAUCUGUAGCGUGUACGGCAUUUUCCCAGCGCCCGAGCUGUCACUGUGGAUCAACGACUACCGGCUGGAGAACGGAACCAUCAACGAGAUCCCGGUGGCCGAGGGUCUGUACGAUAGCUCCGUCACCGUCCAGCUGGUGCUGUACGAGUCGCUACAGCCGGACGAUGUGAUCAAAUGCACGCUCACCAUCCCCGGGACGGAGUAUCGCCGGACGAAGGAGACUGUGUUUGUAGUUGUAAAUAACAGACCGUUCGGGGAGUCUAACUCCAUCCUGGACCCGUUCGGAACGGUGUCGUACAGCAGCACGGCGAAGGUGCCGGUGUCACCGCUGACCAGCAACCCCGCGCCAACCUCGACCGAUGCAGCGACCACACCGGAAGCAUCAUCCAGCACCAAAGUGAGCACGGUGAGCCAGCGGCCAAGCUCGUCCGCUGUCGCGGGUACCGCCACCCCGAAGGACACCGUCCGGCCACAGAUUCCGUCCGUCAUACGGUUGCGGCCGACGGCCAGUUCCACCCGCGUGCUAACGGUGCAGCAGUCCAAUUCGGUCGACUCGGACGAGAUAAUGAAUGUGUUGGACUUCAAGGAGCUGCUUAACGAGAACUUGCUCUACAACAAUGGUGCCGACCGGUUAGAACUUCACCGGUUGCGGUUUGUGGUUUUGGUUUUAAGCAUACCGCUGCUGCUUACUGGCCACCUAAUGGUAAUGCUACGACGAUGGCAGAUGCAUGGUUCGUAAUCCUGCCCCGAGUAGAGCCCGAGUGGGGCUCACAAGGCUCUGCAGACUUAUGACGACGGCCUAGAGGUAGAGCACAAAAACCGGAAACCGAACGCUUCUUUAUUACGCUGGCAGGGCGUCACUUCAGGCGGGCACCGUUUCGAUCGUCCUAGAGAAAGGUAACAGAAAGGAAACCAGUCAGUACCGAGUGGUGGUGUAUUAUUAUUAAAAAGAACAGAACAAAACAAGGAAGACUAACAGCCCAUAAGUAAACCGAUUGGACGCCUGGGAUGCCCUUUUUCGAGCCGCUUCGUUUUCCUUUUUCCUGCUUCCGUUUUUUCUAAUAUCUAUCCCACUAUUUCUCUAUCCCUUCUAUUUCUCGUUACCAUCAACAAGCGGUCUUAAUUGGAUGCCUCGAAUAUGUAGGGACAGGUGCAUAGGUACCUCCUUUAACCCUUAUAUAAAGUAUGAGGGAGGAAACAGACACACGAAUGCGUAUACAUAGGAUGUGAAUGACAAUUGUUUGUUUUUUGUGUUCAUAUAUUAGGGAUGGGUGUUACUAAAAAAUGCAACAAAUAAAAUGAAGAAACAAAACGACGGUAAAAAAAAAACUUCUGCUAAAAUAGAUAAAUUCUACAGCAAAUCGACAGGAACGUUCGCUCUAUUUUGGCCAAACAAAAAGAAACAAACAAUUCCUACUGGUGGAUUAGGGUUCGAACAUUUUUCGAAUAGUAGUGAAUUUUUCUCUUUCGCUAAGUAAAGCAACAGAUAGCUAGUAAUCAAUUCGCGCGACAGUGUGACAGUGUGGCUUUUUACAAUGAUUUCAUUGGCUAUCACCGAAGGUUUCACUUUGUAUUAUUUUGUUACAUUUUAGUUUUACAAAUUAGUCGCACUGCAAAGCGAUAAAAAAAAAACUAAGGACAAUACGGUGUCGUUUCGGAAUCAAAAAUUUAGAGGAAGAAAUAAUUGAUUACCGAACCCUAAAGGCAUACAACAAAUAAUGAAAAGCGGCACAGUUUCUUACCUUCCGUAGUUCUGAAUGCUUUGUUUGUGAUAUUAUGUGCAUCCUCCCAUUAGAUAUCCCUCAUCAAUUAAACCUAAUGAAGCGGAAGGAAACUUUCAGUAAGCUUCUCCUUAAUCGGGGGCGUUCCUUUUCAUUACACUACAUCUUGUUACAAAUUCUGUAAAUAAAAACGCUGUACGAACUUCUUAAGGAUAAAUACAUACGAACCAUUGCCAAAUCGGGACACUGCAUUGAGCGUGUCAAUAGAAAUAAACAAAAAACACUAAAGCGGUACACGCGCUUGUCGAUAAGCCAAAAAGAAAGAAGAGAAAAAACAACCCGACAGAUGAUAAUAAUAACGAUGCUGAUGAUGUUAAAAUAUAGCG